AUGUCGUCUUCUUGGUAUGUGCCAUGUCUAGCUUCACUUGAGACCCUCCAAGAAUUAUGUAGGAAGGAAAAUCUCAGAUGUAAAUCCAUUGGAAUCACCAACAGGAAUCUAAAGAGUUAUGAGGUGGAAUAUUUGUGUGACUACAAGGUAGAAGAGGGCACAGAAUACUAUCUUGUGAAAUGGAAAGGAUGGCCAGAAUCUUCAAAUACUUGGGAACCUCAGAAAAAUCUGAAAUGCCCAUUGCUUCUUCAAAACUUUCUUAGUGACAAGAAUGAAUACUUGUCUCGGGUGAGAGAAGGCAAAGCACUGAAAGUGAGAAACCAUGUUAAAGCUUUGAAACCUGCGGUUGCAGAUUACAUUGUAAAGAAGGCUAAGCAAAGAAUAGCUCUGCAGAGGUGGAAAGAAGAACUCAACAGGAAAAAGAAUCAUAAAGCAAUGAUUCUGGUAGAAAACACUGUGGAUCUUGAAGGCCCUCCUUUAGACUUCUACUACAUUAAUGAGUAUAAACCUGCUCCGGGAAUAAAUGUAAUAAAUGGAAUAACGACUGGCUGUGAAUGCGCUGACUGCCCUGCUGAGAAGUGCUGUCCAAAGGAGGCUGGAUUUAUUUUGGCUUACAAUAAACGAAAGAAGUUGAAAAUCCAGCCCGGCUUGCCCAUCUACGAAUGCAAUUCGUUUUGUAGGUGUGGGCCUGACUGCCCUAAUAGGAUAGUGCAGAAAGGUACACCGUAUUCUCUUUGCAUCUUCAGAACUAACAAUGGCCGUGGCUGGGGAGUAAAAACCCUCCAGAAAAUUAAAACCAACAGUUUUGUGAUGGAGUAUGUUGGAGAGGUGAUUACAAGUGAGGAAGCAGAGAGACGAGGCCAGCUCUAUGACAACCAGGGAAAUACAUACUUGUUUGAUUUGGACUAUGACUCAGACGAGUUUACAGUAGAUGCAGCUCGAUAUGGAAAUGUGUCCCACUUUGUGAAUCACAGCUGUGAUCCAAAUCUUCAAGUCUUCAAUGUGUUUAUUGAUAACCUCGACUUGCGUCUUCCUCGAAUAGCGCUGUUUUCUACACGAACCAUCAAGGCUGGAGAAGAGCUAACCUUUGACUAUCAGAUGAAAGGUUCAAUAGAUCUGACUUCAGACUCUGCUGAUGGUCUUAGCCCAUCCAGAAAGAGGAUCAGAACUGUCUGUAAAUGCGGAGCUGUGUGUUGCAGAGGUUAUCUCAACUGAGUUCGGGUAUCCAAAGUCACAAUUACUUUGUUCUCUUUUAAAUGUGUUUUAAGAAGACUCUUCUUUCACACAUAUUCAAGUAUUCUUGCAUCUAAUGUAAAUAAGUACA